GAUUUAAAACAUGUUUCGGCCGCGGACAAGGAAACAACAGUUGCUGUCGAACUCUUUUCCGAAUUUCAGAGAAGUCCGUUGAAAAAGCCCGCGCAAGAGCGGAACACAGCGGGCGAAGACGCAUUUGCCGGUUACCCACAACACGCACCCGUUAGCGGUUAAUUAUUUAUUUUUGCCAAAACACAAAAAUAUCCCAAAAUCAAAACAAAAACCGUGCAAAACUGCAAUUGUUUAUCCGGCCUUAUCGCGUGUGUGUGUGCCCCUGCGAUCCGAUAGGAAAACAGUACAGGGUUUACCGUUAUGGCCGCAAGUGCGAACUCCGUAAACAACUAUUAAAUCAAGUGAGACGAAACCCAAGCAAAAGCAUACAAAACCAAUCCAGAAUAACAGAAUACCGUGUAAAUACAGCAAAAGCAAACAGGAAAAUUAUUGAGAAAUACAACAAAAUAGGGCUGGAAAAUGCAAAAUUGCAACAUAGUUGCAACGAGAAUUAUUGAGUGGAGAAAACAAAUACUAAUAUUUGUGUUUGUAUUGUUAUCGCCGCUCGAUCUGCCGCCAAUGUUGAGGCUUUUAUUGUUGUUGCUGAAUGCCGGUGUCGCGUCGCGUCGCGUCGUUAAGGUGUCUGUCCGCCGUUGGUGGUGUUAGUGAGUUGCGCGUGUGUGUGUGUGUGAAAGUGUGCGUACGUGUGUGUGUGGCAAACAAGUUUCUGUGUUUGCGAAAAAAAGGCCACAACAACAACAGGAACAACAACCACAAAAGUGAGGCAGCAGCGCCGCAAAGUGAAGCAGUCCAAACGGGAAGCAAGUGUUGCACAUGCACCAACUGGCAGCAAGCUAACAAAAAAAAAACCAACCAACAAACAAACAACAAAAAAAAAGAAUCAAUUAAUGUGAAAAAGUGCGAAAUCACAAAAAACCCGGAAUGAAAUUAGUUGAAAAGAAUUAACAAAAUAAAGUGCGAGAAAGAUAAGUGUGUGUGGAUCCCAUACAGAUUAGUAUAUAUCCGAUAAUCCACAGACGCGAGUGUAAAAAUGCAGCCCACAGCGGCCCCGCCAGCGCUGGGAAGCAACAAUCUCUCUGAAAUCAAAAUUCAAUCAAAAAAAUAAUAUAUAUAUCCAUCUGCAUAUACAUAUAGUACAUAGAUCUAUAGCAUAUAGCAUAUUGUAUUGUAAUCAAAACCUCGACGAGCAGCACUUUGAGCCGCAAUUAAUCAAUCAAUCAAUCAAAACCCUACUGCAACGGCCUCACCACGGAGUCCCUAGAGUUUUUGCGAUUCACCGAAGAGGACUUUGAGAUGGAUAUCCUACCGAGUGGGAAUAUAUUCAGCGAACUGGAGCGCAUCUGCACCACCGGCUACUUCUCGUCGCAGCCCUCCAUUGAGGAUCAAUGGCAACAGACCUGCUACGAGCUGGAGCGCUAUCUGCGGGACGAGCCGAAGUUCGUGAAGAAGAAGCUCCACAGCGAUCUGGACACCUCGGCCUGGGACAUCUUCUCGACGCCCGCCCGCCUGCUCGAGGAGCUGAAGAUCAAGGAGCAGAACCUGGACGCCAUCUCCACGACGUCGUCGGUCUCCUCGAACUGCUCGGGCAUCUCCUGGGACAGCAAUGGCUCGCAGGUGCUCAGCUGCGCCGUCCUGGUCAAGCAGGAGCGCAUCGACGAGGAGGACGAGGAGGGGGGCUGCGACGACAAGCUGGGCGGGCUCUUUGCGGCGCCCCCCUCGGCCAUCUCGCCCAAUCCCAGUAUCAGCAGUGCCAACGGCAACAUGACACCCACAAGCAGCAGCAGCAACAGUCACAUCAGCAGCAGCCCCAUCAUCCGCAGCAGCAGCUCCAGCAGCAGCAGCAGCAGUGGCAUGAGUCAAGUGAGCAGCGGCCUGACUAGGGCCAGCACCAUCACAGUGAGCUCGCCGAGCAGCUCGGCGCCCGGCUUCAAGGUGCGCGUGGUGCAGGCCAAGAGCCAGGUGGGCAACGGGGCGCGGCUGCACCUCGGACACGUGCAGGACUUUGUCCUGCCGACCCUGACGCCGCCCUCCUCGCCAGAGUCCAGCCUGCGAAGCCUCAGCAACUACGCACAAAAGAUCGAGGCCAACGAUCUGGCGGUCCUGAUCCAACAGCAGCAGCAACAGCAGCAGCAGCAACAGAGGCAGCAGCAGCAACAGAAGCAGCAGCAAGGCAACUCCACACCCGCCACAGCGAUCCUGCGCUUCACCAGCAGCAAUCACCAAAACAAUCCCACAUUGACGCAACUGCAGCAGCAGCAGCAACAGCUGGCCCUCCAGCAUCUGAGCAUAUCGCCGCAGGCCCUCGGCCAGAGCGGCAAUACAGGCAGCAGCAGCAGCAACAGCAGCAGCAGCCUUUUUCCCCACAGCCACGGGGGCAGCGGCCAGACGGGCAGCAGCAACAGCAGCUCCAGCGGCAGCAGCAGCAGCUGCCACAAGGACCAGUCCACCCACAGCAACAUUCCGCGCAGCACCAUCGUACGGCUGACCACGGCAAACGGCAAGCCGGGAGCGGCUGGCAUCAGCCUGGCCCGCGUCAUCCAGAUGCAGAACAACGGCAAUUCCAACGUGGCAGCCGUGCUGAGUGCAGCCGUGAGCAGCAGCAGCAGCUCGCAUGGAUCCAGCGCGUCGACGUCACAGCAACAAGUGGUGGCGCCACGAGCCGACAAGGCCUCAAACGGUUCUGCCAAAAAUCAUCACCCGCGGCAACAUCACGGCGAUCACAGCCCGGACGCCAAGCGGCGGAUACACAAGUGCCAAUUCCUGGGCUGCAAAAAAGUGUACACGAAGAGCUCGCAUCUGAAGGCCCACCAAAGAACGCACACAGGUGAGAAGCCCUACAAGUGCUCCUGGGACGGCUGCGAGUGGCGCUUCGCGAGGAGCGACGAGCUGACGCGCCACUACCGGAAGCACACCGGGGCCAAGCCGUUCAAGUGCCGCAACUGCGAUCGCUGCUUCUCGAGGUCCGACCACCUGGCCCUCCACAUGAAACGACACAUGUGAGGCGAGAUCUAAGCGGAGACGGAGACGGAAACGGAGGACGAAGGAUGGAGGAUGGAGGGUGGUAGCAACGCCGGCGGAGUCGGAGUGCAGCCGAAACUGUGUGCCAUCAAGGAACGAUGAAAAAACUGCGAAACGCGUAAUCAAAAUAACAGAGAAUUAAGGAGCAUUUAAGCGGAGAGUAAACGGAGAGAGUAAAGUGGGAGGAAAAUCAAAGAAAGCAUCACAACAAAA